AUGAUUGCAAACUUUUCUGAACUGCAUCACCACGUUCAUCAAAGAAUCUCCUUGGGCCUCGUCGUCGUUGCUGUGGUUGAUCUUUUUGUUGCUGUCGAUGAGAUCCAUGAUGUUGAUUUGGGAUCUCAGCAUUCGAUACAGCUUUUUCUGUCUGUUUGUGAGAUCGCAGAACACGUCCACCUCAAUCUUAUCGCCAAGCUCGCUUUGGACAUUCUUCUUGAUACGACGAAGCAUGAACGGUUUAAGAAUCACAUGGAGUCGACGAAGCUGUUGUUCGUUUAG